CCAGCAGACAUUGUUUAGUGGUGGCUGUUAUGUAAUUUUCCUACAUUUCCAUCCCCAACCCCCACCUCGUGUAUAAAAAGCAGCAUGUAGCAUGGAGAAGCGUUACUUCCUGACUGCGGAGGCUGCAAACUGUCAUACAUUUACAACCUUGCCCAGCAGAUAUAAUGAAGAAGCUGAUCCUCGAUGUGGACACAGGGGUGGAUGAUGCUCAGGCCAUCAUGAUGGCCCUGGCAGCCCCCAAUGUGGAGAUAUUGGGGAUCACCUGCACCCACGGCAACACUCCCCUACAGAACUCCCUGAAGAACACCCUCCGUGUCUUGAAAGUCUGCAACAGGCUGGAUAUAAAGGUCUACGCUGGCUUCGAGGAGCCUUUACUGGGCGUUAAAAUAAACGCGGGAGAAUUUCACGGGAAGGAUGGGCUGGGCGACGCCCCAGAUCCUGAGGCUCCAGGCCUGGAACUGGUGAAGAAGACAAAUGCAGUGGAGGCCAUCAUUUCUAUUACCAACCAAAAUCCUGGGCAGGUGAGCCUGGUCUCAACAGGGCCCCUCACCAACCUGGCCCUCGCUGUCAAAAUGGACCCUUCCUUGCCCGCCAGACUGAAAGACCUCUACAUCAUGGGAGGCAACAUAGAAUCAAGAGGGAACACGACCGUGUGCGGAGAAUUUAACUUUCUCGCUGAUCCUGAGGCUGCUUACAUUGUGCUGGAACGUUACACUUGUCCCACCACCAUCGCCUCCUGGGAGUUCAGCUGCAGGAACAGCCUGCCCUGGUCCUUUUGUGACACCUGGCUCGCCCAAAAUACACCAAAGGCUCGUUUUAUGGAGACUAUCUAUGCCCACACCCGUAAGAUGGUUCAGACAGACCGAUACCAAAAGGAGCUGGUGUCAGGAUCCGGGUUCAACACCUGCGACACUUACGCUGUGGCUGCAGCCAUCAAUGACGACGUGGUGACAGAAAGUGAGAAGGUGGCUGUGACAGUGGAGUUGGAGGGGAAAUACACCAGAGGCAUGAUGGUCCUGGACUACAUCGACGCGCUGCACAAGCAGCAUAAGGUCACCAUCUUGAAGAAAAUUGACCUCGAGGUGUUCAAGCAGUUGAUGAUGAAUGCAUUGAAGUAGCAGGGGCUUAGCCAUCAUUUAAGAAGUAGGAGCAGUAGUGGUUUCUGGCAUGUGUAGGGCGGCAUUUUUGCACCCCUCCACAAAAAUCAUAUAUGAAAUGGAUUUCCCUUGGCAUCAUGACAUGUAACUCAUUGGCCUUUGUAUAAGGACUUUGCACCCCCUUGUGGAGUCGCCCUCUGUAGAAGGGAUGCCUUUUCAAAGCUCAAGUUAAUUAAAAAACCCUCUUGAGGUCAACUAUAUCCCAGGAACUGACCUCAGCAUCAUAAGCAUCAACCACACAGUUGGGAAGCAGAUAUCAUACAGGGACGUAAUAGAUGAUUUUGCAUCAAGGAUGGCCAGAAGGCAACACUUGUAAAAUAAUGGAAAAUCAAAUCCUUAACAUAAAGUAAGCAUGCUGGGAAACAACACCAACAUUGUUGCCAUAAGGUUUGCUGAAGUUUUCUUUCCAUUUGUGUAAUGCAAUUGUUGUUUUGUAAUUGUAUAAGCAUAAGUAGCCAGAUAAUUACAUGUCCAGUUGCAACAUUGAAAAAUAAAAUUUUGUAAAACAUCA